CGUUGGCCCAGCCCGCGGCUCGCCCCACCGCCCCCUGCGCCCGGCCCGGCCCGGCAGCGAGAGCGGCGCCAUGGAGGCCACCGGGGUGCUGCCGUUCGUGCGCGGUGUGGACCUCAGCGGCAACGACUUCAAGGGCGGCUACUUCCCUGAGAAUGUCAAGGCCAUGACCAGUCUGCGGUGGCUGAAGCUGAACCGCACGGGCCUCUGCUACCUGCCGGAGGAGUUGGCCGCCCUGCAGAAGCUGGAGCACUUGUCCGUGAGCCACAACAACCUGACCACGCUUCACGGGGAGCUGUCCAGCCUGCCGUCCCUGCGGGCCAUUGUGGCUCGAGCCAACAGCCUGAAGAAUUCCGGAGUCCCCGAUGACAUAUUCAAGCUGGAUGACCUCUCAGUUCUGGACUUGAGCUACAACCAGUUGACGGAGUGCCCUCGGGAGCUGGAGAACGCCAAGAACAUGCUGGUGCUGAACCUCAGCCACAACAGCAUCGACACCAUCCCCAACCAGCUCUUCAUCAACCUCACCGACCUGCUGUACCUGGACCUCAGUGAGAACCGCCUGGAGAGCUUACCCCCACAGAUGCGCCGCCUGGUGCACCUGCAGACGCUCGUGCUCAACGGGAACCCGCUGCUGCACGCACAGCUCCGGCAGCUCCCGGCUCUGACAGCCCUGCAGACCCUGCACCUGAGGAACACGCAGCGCACCCAGAGCAACCUCCCCACUAGCCUGGAGGGCCUGAGUAACCUCGCAGAUGUGGACCUGUCCUGCAACGACCUGACGCGGGUGCCCGAGUGCCUGUACACCCUCCCCAGCCUGCGCCGCCUCAACCUCAGCAGCAACCAGAUCACGGAGCUCUCCCUGUGCAUCGACCAGUGGGUGCACGUGGAGACCUUAAACCUGUCUCGCAACCAGCUCACCUCGCUCCCUUCUGCCAUUUGCAAGCUCACCAAGCUGAAGAAGCUGUACCUGAACUCCAACAAGCUGGAUUUUGACGGGCUGCCCUCGGGCAUUGGCAAGCUGACCAGCCUAGAGGAGUUCAUGGCCGCCAACAACAACCUGGAGCUGAUCCCUGAGAGCCUGUGCAGGUGCACAAAGCUGAAGAAGCUCGUUCUGAACAAGAACCGCCUGGUGACCCUCCCGGAGGCCAUCCACUUCCUGACGGAGAUCGAGGUCCUGGACGUGCGGGAGAACCCCAGCCUGGUCAUGCCCCCCAAGCCCGCGGACCGCACCGCCGAGUGGUACAACAUUGACUUCUCGCUGCAGAACCAGCUGCGGCUGGCAGGAGCCUCGCCUGCCACAGUGGCUGCAGCCGCUGCAGGAAGCGGGCCCAAGGACCCCCUGGCUCGCAAGAUGCGGCUCCGGAGACGCAAGGACUCAGCCCAGGAUGACCAGGCUAAGCAGGUGCUGAAAGGCAUGUCCGAUGUGGCCCAGGAGAAGAACAAAAAGCAGGAGGAGAGUACUGACGCCCGAGCCCCUGGGGGCAAGGCACGGCGCUGGGACCAGGGCCUGGAGAAGCCACGCCUUGACUACUCUGAGUUCUUCAUGGAGGACGUGGGCCAGUUGCCUGGUCUGACCAUCUGGCAGAUCGAGAACUUCUUGCCUGUGCUGGUGGAGGAAGCCUUCCACGGCAAGUUCUAUGAGGCUGACUGCUACAUUGUGCUCAAGACCUUCCUGGAUGACAGUGGCUCUCUGAACUGGGAGAUCUACUACUGGAUCGGCGGGGAGGCCACACUGGACAAGAAGGCUUGCUCUGCCAUCCAUGCCGUGAACCUGCGCAACUACUUGGGUGCCGAGUGCCGCACUGUGCGGGAGGAGAUGGGCGAGGAGAGCGAGGAGUUCCUGCAGGUGUUUGACAAUGACAUCUCCUACAUCGAGGGUGGAACGGCCAGUGGCUUCUACACUGUGGAGGACACACACUAUGUCACCAGGAUGUACCGCGUGUAUGGGAAAAAGAACAUCAAGUUGGAGCCUGUGCCUCUCAAGGGGGCCUCUCUGGACCCAAGGUUUGUUUUCCUGCUGGAUCGAGGGCUGGACAUUUACGUGUGGCGGGGGGCCCAGGCCACACUGAGUAGCACUACCAAGGCCAGGCUCUUUGGGGAGAAAAUUAACAAGAACGAGCGGAAAGGGAAGGCAGAGAUCACACUGCUGGUGCAAGGUCAGGAGCCCCCAGAGUUCUGGGAGGCACUGGGCGGGGAGCCCUCUGAGAUCAAGAAGCACGUGCCCGAUGACUUCUGGCCACCUCAGCCCAAGCUGUAUAAGGUGGGCCUGGGCCUGGGCUAUCUGGAGCUGCCGCAGAUCAACUACAAGCUCUCUGUGGAACAUAAGACCCGGCCCAAGGUGGAACUGCUGCCCAGGAUGCGGCUGCUGCAGAGCCUGCUGGACACGCGCUGCGUGUACAUCCUGGACUGUUGGUCCGACGUGUUCAUCUGGCUGGGCCGCAAAUCCCCGCGCCUGGUGCGCGCCGCCGCCCUCAAGCUGGGCCAGGAGCUGUGCGGGAUGUUGCACAGGCCGCGCCACGCCGCGGUCAGCCGCAGCCUGGAGGGCACCGAGGCGCAGGUGUUCAAGGCCAAGUUCAAGAACUGGGACGACGUGUUGACAGUGGACUACACGCGCAACGCGGAGGCCGUGCUGCAGGGCCCGGGACUCACCGGGAAGGUGAAGCGCGAUGCGGAGAAGAAAGAUCAAAUGAAGGCUGACCUCACGGCGCUGUUCCUGCCGCGGCAGCCGCCCAUGGCGUUGGCGGAGGCCGAGCAGCUGAUGGAGGAGUGGAACGAGGACCUGGACGGCAUGGAGGGCUUUGUGCUCGAGGGCAAGAAGUUCGCGAGGCUGCCCGAGGAGGAGUUCGGCCACUUCUACACGCAGGACUGCUACGUUUUCCUCUGCAGGUACUGGGUCCCCGUGGAGUACGAAGAGGAGGAGGAGAAGAAGGAAGAGAAGGAAGAGGAAAAAGCGGGAGCGGAGGGCAAAGAAGGCGAGGAGGCAGCGGCCGAGGCAGAGGAGAAGCAGCCCGAGGAGGACUUCCAGUGCAUCGUGUACUUCUGGCAGGGCCGGGAAGCCUCCAACAUGGGCUGGCUCACCUUCACCUUCAGCCUGCAGAAGAAGUUCGAGAGCCUCUUCCCAGGCAAGCUAGAGGUGGUACGCAUGACACAGCAGCAGGAGAACCCCAAGUUCCUGUCCCAUUUCAAGAGAAAGUUCAUCAUCCAUCGGGGCAAGAGGAAGGCGGCUCAGGGUGCCCAGCAGCCCAGCCUCUACCAGAUCCGCACCAAUGGCAGCGCCCUGUGCACCCGGUGCCUGGCUGGGGGGAGGGAGCGUGCGGUGGGCAGGCAGGGGUCAGUGGCCAGCAGGGACCCCUUGCUGACAUCUCCCACCCCCAGGUGCAUCCAGAUCAACACUGACUCCAGCCUCCUCAACUCCGAGUUCUGCUUCAUCCUCAAGGUUCCCUUUGAGAGCGAGGACAACCAGGGCAUCGUGUAUGCGUGGGUGGGCCGGGCGUCGGACCCAGACGAGGCCAAGCUUGCGGAAGAUAUCCUGAACACCAUGUUUGACACAUCCUACAGCAAGCAGGUGACAAGGGCAGGUGGUGGGCGGGGGGGGGCAGUGGUGUGGGAGCAGAGCGGGGCCCUGGGCCAGACAGACUCCUUCCCACAGGUCAUCAACGAAGGCGAGGAGCCCGAGAACUUCUUUUGGGUGGGCAUCGGGGCCCAGAAGCCUUAUGAUGAUGACGCCGAAUAUAUGAAGCACACCAGGCUCUUCCGGUGCUCCAACGAGAAGGGCUACUUCGCAGUGACGGAGAAGUGCUCGGAUUUCUGCCAGGAUGACCUGGCCGACGAUGACAUCAUGCUGCUGGACAAUGGCCAUGAGGUCUACAUGUGGGUGGGGACCCAGACAAGCCAGGUGGAGAUCAAACUGAGUCUGAAGGCCUGCCAGGUCUACAUCCAGCACAUGCGAUCCAAAGAGCACGAGCAGCCGCGCCGCCUGCGCCUGGUCCGCAAGGGCAACGAGCAGCACGCCUUUACCCGCUGCUUCCACGCGUGGAGCACCUUCCGCAAGGCCCUGGCCUAGGGCGGCGCCCCCUGCCUACAGCCCCCCCUGCCCCCCUGGCAGCCCCCGCUCCCGCCCCCCCCCCCCCCCCCCCAGCGCCGCAGUCCCCAGCAGCACCGGGCUCUGGUCUCUCCAGUGGGCGCUCCCGCGUGACGCCCCCUCCCCACCGGAGACAAAGCAGCGUGGUUGCCUUUUAAGAGAUAUUAAAUGCUUUUAUUUUCAAUAU